UUCUUACCGCUGUCUCCCACUGAAAGGAGGCUGUGCAUAAUUGCUCUCGCCACCGGGUGAUCAGAGGGCCUCGACCGAUCGUCAACCAGAAUUCCCUUCCACAGAUUGCGGGCGUCUGCGAGAUUAUUACAACAACAGGACGCAUUCUGUACGGAACUGUGCUAUACCUACCACACUCCAGCUGUGCUCUUGAAUCGUUACGACUGCGUUUCUGGAAAGUCCUACCAACAUGGACCCCACCACGCCUGAUGCUGGACCUGACCAUGCACCGCCCUCGUUGCCGCCUGGAUGGAUUGCACAGUUCGACGCAAAAUCGCGCCGAUACUACUUUGUCCAAAUAAGCACCGGCGAGUCGACUUGGGAAACACCGACGAUGGCAGCACAAAACGUUCCCUCGCCUGGGACCACACCCGCGAACCAGAGCCCUUACCCUGUGCCCGGUGAAACCUCGAGAGGUGUCGAUGGACAAGAAGGAGAUAGGAGCUUGGGAGGCUCAUUAUUGAACUCAAUGCUCGGCAGCAACAAGCAAAGCUCAGGUGGUGGUCUAGGAGGUCUGGCAUCAUCCUUUCUAGGAGGAUCGUCUUCGUCGCAUGGCGGAUCGCAACAGCAUGGACAACAAGGCCACUCAAGUGGUGGUGGGGGACUCGGUGGAAUAGCCCAGUCAUUCUUGGGCGGAUCGUCCUCUUCGCAUGGUGGACAAAGCGGUCAGCAUGGAUCAUCGGGACAUUCGAGCAGCGGUGGAGGACUUGGACAGCUGGGCUCGAUGGCUAGCAGCUUGCUCGGCGGCAAGACGAGCAAGCCUCACAGCGGUGGAAAUCCCUACGGCUACUCGCAGAACCAGUCUUCAGGCGGCACAUACCAGGGAUCAGCACCACCAGCUUCAUACCAACCUGCCGGCGCGCACGGUGGAGGAUCUCAAGGAGCGUCCUACGGUGGCUCGCACGGCUCGUCAACACCCGGAUCAUACGGACAGCACGGUGGUCACGCGCAACCCAGUCACCAGCCGCAAUACGGAGCUCCCCAGCAGGGCAACUUUGGUCCUUCAAGCGGAGCCUACAACCCACAAGGUCAACAGGGCUACAACCAGCCACCCGGCGGCUACAGCGGUCCUCCUAGCCAACAGCACACUCCACACAACGCACAGUAUGGGCAGCAGCAACAGCCGGGAGGAUAUGGCGGGCAGUAUCCUCCGCCGCCGCAGGGACAAUAUGGACAGCCUCAGAGUGGCGGGUAUGGUGGGCAGCCUAGCUACGAUCAAGGAUACGGACAGCAGCAGAGUCAAUACCAGUCUUAUGGACAGCCGCAGGGAGGGUAUGGAGGGCAGCCGCCGCCGAACCCGGGUUGGAGAUGAG